UUCUAAAGUUGUUCCAGUUCAUUAUUCAUUAGUUCCUGCAAAAUAACCAUGCCGCUUUAUUACCCGUGCUGCUGAAGAUGCUCAUAUUUUAGUUUUCUUAGAAUAUUCUUAUUAGAUGUAAUGUUUAGUACAAAAUUUCAUUCUAGUCUAUUAAUUUACUACCCUCGUAAGAUUUCACCUCUUUGUUUAAAGGCAUAGAACAGAUAUGGGCUUCGGCUACAGUAAUAGAAAUCAUGAAAAAUCUGAAAGUUUUAUGUUCAAAUAUUUCCUUUCUUCUUGUGCCGCUUCUGUUGCCGAAACAGCUACAUACCCUCUGGAUAUCACCAAGACACGUUUACAGAUUCAAGGGGAGACCACAAUAGGCAAAAGUGAUGGGGUUCACUCAAGAAAUAACAUAAAAUCCAGAGGAAUGCUUCAUACUGCUGUUGGAAUUGUUAAAGAUGAAGGAGUUUUCAAACUUUGGCAAGGUAUAACACCAGCUAUCUACAGACAUUUUGUGUACAGUGGCUGUCGAAUGACUUUCUAUGAAAUAUUCAGAGAAAAAGUACUGCAAAGAAAACCACAUGAAUCCCCAUCUAUUUGGAAGUCAGUUCUUUGUGGAAGUGCUUCCGGAGGCCUCGGCCAAUUUUUAGCUAGUCCGGCCGACUUAGUCAAAGUUCAGAUGCAGAUGGAAGGAAAGCGAAGGUUGGAAGGCCACCCACCAAGAGUGCAAAGCGCAUGGCAUGCUUUUCGAAAGAUUUUAGCUGAGGGUGGAAUUGGAGGUCUUUGGAAGGGUUGGGUACCUAAUGUACAGAGAGCUGCUUUGGUUAAUAUGGGAGAUUUAACAACAUAUGAUAAUAGUAAACAUUUUAUUCUGACACAUUCAAGCUUGAAAGAUGAUUGGUUAACUCAUAUGAUAGCCAGUAGUUGCUCUGGAUUGGUAGCAGCAACACUUGGAACUCCUGCUGAUGUUAUUAAAACUCGUGUAAUGAAUCAACCUACUGACAGUAGAGGAAAAGGUUUGUUUUACAAAUCAUCUAUUGACUGUCUUCUGAAAACAGUGCAUCAAGAAGGGUUUAUGGCUUUGUAUAAAGGCUUUGUACCUAUCUGGACAAGAAUGGCACCUUGGUCAAUAACUUUCUGGGUAACAUAUGAAGAACUGAGAAGAUUAUGUGGUGUAUCAUCAUUUUAAGUAUCACAAAAUGUAAUCCGUUUUGAGUUUAAAAUGUAUGGAUGUUUAGAUACUUUUAUAUUUUUUGCACGGGUAAAUAUAGUUUUAUUUUUUAAAUAG